ACAUGGCUUCAACAUCGACAUACAAAUCAAACUCAAACAUUGGACCAGCGACUUUGCUGGACAAGCUGCAAUGCGUUGCGCUGCUUCCUUUCUUCCCUGUCGCGGCAUUCCAAGUUUUGAUUCGAAGAAUGUCUCGGCCCACCAAUCUUAGCUUAAAAGCAGACUUCAUCAGGACAUUCAUUCGCAUGUUCCCAUAUCUACCAGUUAGCAUUCUCCGAGAUACAACCAAGAGUCCCGACGCCAAGUUUGCAGUCGCAAAACGCUUCCCCAACAAAUCAGGACUUUAUGAACCAGUGUCCGGAGAGGGUUUCUCUGGCCGAUGGAUCCGUAAAGGCUGCCCCGGGAAACUUACUGCAGUCACCGAUGUCGACUUGGUGAUAUACUAUCUUCACGGCGGAGCUUAUCGGUUCGGACAUCCAGCAUCUGGCAUCGCGCCAUUUCUGCGUAUCGCCGAACUUGCAGACAAGAAGGGUAUCUCCAUCGCUGUGUUCGCACUCGACUACUCUUUCGCUCCCGAGGCAAAGUAUCCUACGCAACUAAACGAAGCAAAAGCCGCAUACCGCUACUUACUCAAGGAUCAGAACAUCGAUCCUGCAAAACUUGCUAUAUUUGGGGACUCCGCAGGCGGACACUUGCUGCUAAAUCUGCUCUGCGCGUUGGCGGACGAAAAGUCACUUCCAAAGCCCAGUGCUGGUGCAUUCCUGAUUUCUCCAUGGCUCGAUCUGCGUUGCUCAAACGAUGGCUCAUUCAUUCGCAACCAGCACCUCGACUGGCUUGUCUAUAGCGAGCUGAAACAGGCUGGUGAGCAAGUCAUGCCACGUAAACUCGACAAAACAGUCCCACACAUUGUCAGUUUCGUCCUCCCUCGCCUAGACAAACAAUCCUGGGCGGACAUCCUACCCAGCAAAGUUUUCGUGGCUAUGGGUGGGAACGAGAUGUUGUUGGACGAUGCUGUUGCUUGGGUCGACCAGAUUAAAGCUGAGGGCAUUGACGUGCAGCUUGAGAUCGACGAGGGACGGGGCCAUAUCUGGCACAUGAUGGAUGAUAUCUUUGACACAGACCCGUAUUUCGCUGCGACUGGUGAAGUUCCAGUGGGUUUGAUGACGGGAGCUGCGGCUAUGGCGGAGGCCAUCAUCUCGACGGUGUCUCGU